AUGGCAAACAUCACGGAAGCUGAACGCCACAUCGUUGCUGCGUCGUAUCACCUGCUGAAGGCCCUUCAAGCAACAAGGGUCAUAGGCAACGAUGCCGGGGGGAUUCUAGAUGAGCUCGGACUCCGUUUGUCCACGGUGAUCAAGAUCAAUGAGGAUCAGGCAGAGGCAGAGAACAUCAAAGAAAUCGAGACGAGGCUCAUCUCGUCCCACCAAACCAUCACGUCUCUGCACUUGAGCUAUUCGAGGAUCUGGGCUUCCGGGCCGGUGAUAAUCUUGGAAUACUUGCAAACGGUCCGCGAGGUGCAGGGAUUGACCGAGUCUCUCGAGGGUAUGGUGCUGAAUCGGACGAGUAAGGGGGUUCUUGAUCAAGCAAAAACUACUCUGUAUAUGGCUAUGGACAGGCUCCAGAAUGAGCUGAUCCACAUACUUGUGCAGAACAGGCAGUGCUUCGAGCACGAGUACGCGUCCUCGCUCCCGGUUUUCGAAGUGUAUCCGAUAUACGAGGAGUCUGUCAUCUCCAAUGACGAUGAUUCGGCCGAGGAUGCGUCUCUCAAGGGACGUAGCAGCUCGGAGACCGAAGAUUGCGCGAUGGAUCUGAUCCACCCGGACGUUGUCCCUCAAAUCAAGUCCAUCGCGGAUACGAUGUUCUCCUCGGGCUAUGCUCCAGAGUUCUGCUUGGCCUUCACCGCCUUCUGGAAGGAUGUAUUCGCGGAGCACUCGAUGAUCCUUUACAUGGAGCAGCUCAGCAUCGAAGACGUGAAGCAGAUGGAGUGGAAGCACAUGAACUCGAGGAUAAGGAAAUGGCGCGUGGCAAUGAGGAGAAUCAUCGGCGUCUAUCUUGGCAGUGCAAAACGGCUGUUUGACCAAGUUCUCGGAGAAUAUGGCCAUGUCAGCUCAGCUUGCUUGCUCGAGGCUUCAAGGGGGCCUCUCUUCUGUCUCUUGAAUUUCGGCCAUGCUGUUUUGAUUGGACCCCACAAUCCCGAAUGGCUCUUCUGCUUGCUCGAUAUGUACGAGGUUUUAGCUGAUCUCAUGCCGGAUUUGGAUGCUCUGUUCCCACAAGAGACGGAGUUGUUAAUCAGGAUCGAGUUCCACGAGCUUCUGUUGCAACUAGGAGAAUCGGUUAGAACCAUUCUCGAGGAGCUCGGAAAUCGCAUUACAACAUGCACUUCCACCACCCCUUUCCAAAAUGGAGGGAUUCACCACUUAACAAAGUACCUCGUCAACUACAUCUUGUGCUUCGCUGAAUACGAAGAUACGCUUCAUUUGCUUCUUCAAGAUGAAGAGCACGGCCGAGAGCAUGGAGAUGAAGAGCGGAGCACAGUUGCCCGAGUGGAUCCCAAUCCCUCCUGUGCCUUGGCAACGUACCUGCAGUCACUCACAUCGAUUUUAGAAGCAGCCUUAGACAAGAAAUCGAGUUUAUACAGAGAUUCUUCACUGAAGCAUAUUUUUUUGAUGAACAAUAUCCACUAUAUGGUUGAGAAGAUCAAGAAUUCUAAAAUCUGCCCAUACUUUGGGGAUGAUUGGAUCAGAAAACACAUUGUGAUGUUCCGGCAGCAUGCAGUGUACUACCAAAGAACGACGUGGAGCUCUUUGCUAACCUUUCUUCGUGAUGAUGGGAAAACCGGGAAGGCAGCUCUAAAGGCGAGAUGCCAAGAGUUCAACGCUGCUUUUGAGGAUCUGUACAAGAGCCAGACAAGAUGGGUUGUCCCGGAUCCUCAACUCCGUGAAGAUGUGACAAUAGCAUCUUCCAAGACGGUUAUCCAAGUGUAUCGCAACUUUGUCAAUAAGAUCAUCAAUUCUAUUGGAGAAAAGCACAUCAAGUACACCGAACAGGAGUUGGGAAUGUACGUCAUGGAUCUUCUUGAAGGAUCAUCGAAGUCACUGAGCCAUUCUUGGAAGAGGUGA